UUUUAGAACUCAUUUCUUUGUUGCUACGUGGAUUGUGGAACAUCCUAAUUCCUCAUGUGUUUAGUCGUUUUGUGUAUUGUUAAUUUACCAUUAUAAUUAUACAUUUAUCGAGCUUAAUAGCUUAAAAUUGUUCUUAAACCAAAACAUUUUUCACAGCUAUUUGGUUAGUAAGAAGUAUGUUGUGAGUGUUUAAAUAUAUCUCAAGUAUUUUAUCCGUAUUUCGAAUACAUCCUGUUGGCUGUUGCUUUCAAUACAUUUAAUUUAAGUGCUAAUUGAGUAUUUGAUUCUACAAGUUAACAUGGAAUUGAAAAAGUUAUCGUUUCCAUUACUUAAUGAUACUUUAAACUACUUGAAUGCUGGAAUAAUUGGACAGAUUAAACAUGUUGUAAAAAGAAAUAAAUACAAUUUGUUUAUUUUUCACAUGUUGUUGCAAGAAUGUGAAUGUAUUAAUGAUGAGGAUAUUAAUUUGGCUUUAUUAGAUGAACCAGUUUUACCUUUGGCUAAUGUACAACCUGGCUCAUUACUGGCUUGUCUUCAUCCACAAAAUAAAACUUGGAUGCGGUGUUAUGUUAUAUCAAUUUUGCAUAACCAGGCUAAUGUUGCAUUUUGUGAAACUGGUGAAAUGACAAAAACUAAAAAACUUAAAGAUAUUCCUGAAAAGUAUAAACAUAUACCUGUUAUUACAUUUGAAGCUGAGGUUAAAUGUAUUUGUCCUUAUGGAAUAUUAAAACAUUUAAUGGAGAAUUUCAAAGAUUAUAGCGCAACAUUUGAACCAUUUAUAAUGAAACCAAAUAAUAAAGAAACACAUAAAACAAUGAAACUUUUUUCUAAGACUACAUCUAUUGAUUUCAUUAUAAAAAAUUGGGAUCUACAGAAAUGUUUAGAUACUGAAGACUCUAACUAUAAUUUACUUAUGUUUGAAAAUGGCAGUUCUGUUGUCGUAGCUAAAGUAGAAAAUUAUGAUUGGAGACAUAUAUUUGUUAGGAGUGUUGAUCAUUUUGUUAAUGUUCAUAAAGAAUUACAGAUUCAUUGUGAAAAUGCUUCAAAUAUUUUAAGAAACCUUAUGGUAGGAGAUAUUGUUGCUGUAAAAUGCACAGAUAAAUUUUACAGAGGCAAAGUCAUUGACAUUUUUGAAAAUUCCUGUUUUUCUUUAUAUUUAAUCGACAGUGGUUAUGUGGUAUCUGCAUCAAUUGAUUGUAUAGUUGAUUUACCUGACACUUUAAAAAAGAUUCCACCAACUGUAUGUUUAGUUGGAUUAAAAGAUAUAUCUUUAAAGCCUUGGACAUCUGAGACGUUUUUGUAUAUUAAACAAUUAUUUGAAAACUCCACAACUAUGGUAUUGGAAUACACUGACCAUGAUCCUUUUGGUUUGGAUUCUGUAACCUUAACUAUUAUUAAUAACAAUGAAGAUGUUAAUGAACAUAUUAAAGAACUACUAAAAUUUGUGGAAAAUCCAUCAAGUGACAAUGAUCAUACCAGUUUAAACUGUGUACACGAUUCUAACAAUUUAUUUCAUUUAAAAUCCAAUCAAGUUAUUCCUGUGAAAGUUAACUCUCUGGUGAAAUCAGAUUUUCUAGAUAUGCCAGAACAAAUAGAAUAUUCAUUGCCAUCUGGCAGUUUAGUUUAUAUGACCGGUGUUGUGGAUCUGAAAGAAAUAUAUAUUAGAAAAUUAGAAGAUCAUGAUGAUAACCAUGAACAUUUCUUGGAUAUGAUUAAUGAAUUCUGUGCAUCAGCAUUACCAAUUAAUAGACCUUUGGUAAUUGGGGAAAUUGUUGGAGCUCAAUCUACCAUAGAUGAUAAUUUUUACAGAGGCAAAGUUUUAAAAAAAAUUGACGACGUUACUUAUUUAUUGCAGUUUAUUGAUUUUGGUGAUAAAGAUAAUGUACCAUUGUCAAAAAUAUUUGAAAUUCCCAAACAUUUUAUGACUCCUUCAAAUGUGAUUAAAAUUACUUUAAAAGGUGUAAAUAAUGUUCCAUUAAAUGAAGAUGCUUUGAGCUAUAUUUCUAAUUUGUUGUCAACUUGUGAACCAAUGAUAAUCGAAUUUUCUCCAAUACAACCUCUUAAAGAUGUUUCUUUAAGAACAGUGAAUAGUAAUGAGAAUGUGAAUGAACGACUAAAUGAGUUACUGGAUAAAAAUGACAAAACAUCAACGGCAAAUGUAACAAAUCAACUUGAACCAGAUAAUGUUCACAUUGACAAAAAUACUUGUAGUAAUGGAGAUUUACCUAAACUAAAGAAAGGAGAUUCAGUGUACAUUACAACAUUCAUCAAUGUUCAUAAUUGUUUUGUACGUAAAGUUGAAGAUGAUAAUGAUGAAUUUGCUAAUCUUAUAGAAACCGUAAAUUUGUACUGUUCAGCUGAAACUCCUAUUGGACGAUUACCAAAGUUAAAUGAUUUAAUUGGAGCAAAAUCAAUAGAUGGAUCUUUUUACAGAGCAAAAGUUAUAAAAAAAGUAAAUGACAAUAGUUAUGAUGUAAAAUUGAUUGAUUAUGGAACUGACGAGAAUGUUACUUUAUCUGAUAUUGUUAAUCUGUCCUCUGAAUUAAAACAGUUAAUUCCUACUGCUAUUUUGGUUAAAUUAAAGGAUGUUCCAUCCAUUAAAUUAAAUGAAGCAGCUCGUAAAUAUAUAUCUUUAAUCUCUGAAAAUGAAGCCUUGAUAAUAGACAUGAUAGACAACAGCACAAAUGAAGUAAUAUUCAAGACUGAAAACAAUGAAAAUUUCAACUAUCGUUUGAAAGAAUUAAUAUUUGAAAAUAACAAGGAAAUAAACAUAAAUGAUUUAAUUGAAAAUGAAGAAGAGUUCAAAUCAGAUCAAUCUUUAUUAGAAUGUAUUGUUCCCACUGUGAAACCGGGUAGUGUAGUUUAUUUAACAGCUUUUAUCAAUAUGAAUGAAAUGUAUAUUAGAAAGUUAGAGGAUUAUGAUGAUGAAUUUCAUAAUUUAUUGGAAAAAGUUAAUGAGUUCUGUUCAGCUGCUAAACCAAUUAAAAGGCCUCUGAUAAUUGGUCAAAUUGUUGGAGCCCAGUCUACAUUAGAUGAUAGUUUUUACAGGGGUAAAGUUUUAAAAAAAAUUGAUGAUGUCACUUAUUCAAUACAGUUCAUUGACUUUGGUGAUAAGGAUAAUGUACCUCUGUCAAAAAUAUUUGAAAUCCCUACAGAUUUUAUGAUUCCUUCAACUAUUUUAGAAAUUAAUCUUAAAGGCAUUAAGUCUCAAUCAUUGAGCAUUGAAGCAUCAAAUUAUAUUUCAAAUUUAUUAUCAACGUAUGAGCCAUUGUCAAUAGAUUUUGACAAUACAUUUCCUAUUAAAGAUGUAACAUUAGUAAUAAUUAAAAAUAAUGAAAAUGUUGCUGAAAGCUUAAAUAAACUUCUCAAGGAUGAGAAUAAUGCUACACCUAAUAAUAUUGUUGAAGAUGAAUGUAUAAAAGAAGAAGAAGAAUUAACAGAAUUACCAAACAUAUCUUCAGAAUCUAAUGUUAUAAGAGAUUCUAAGUUUUAUGAUGAAACUAUUAUGCUGAAAAAUGAGGACAUUGUUUAUAUUACGGCAUAUAUUGAUUUGCAUAAUAUUUAUGUCCGUAAAUUUGAAAGUUAUGUUGAACUGCAAAAUCUCGUCGAGAAUGUCCAAACUUGUUGUACACAACAAGGAAAGGCUUAUGAAAGUAAAUCUCCAAAGUUAAAUGAAAUUGUGGGCGCACAAAGUUCAGUUGACGGAUGUUUUUAUCGAGCAAAGAUAAUUGAUGUAACUGAUGAAAACACUUAUGAAAUGAAUUUUAUUGAUUUUGGUUUUGAUGAAAGUGUAAAUGUUGCUAAUAUUGUUCCGCUACCUAUACAUCUACAGCAGGUAACUCCAACUAUUACUUUAGUUGGGCUUGAUGGUGCAAGUUUUGAAGAACUUAAUUCAGAAGGUCAUAAUUAUUUAGAAAGUUUGAUAUCACUCUGUGAAUUAAUGAAAAUAGAGUUUGAAGAUUUAAAUAAAGUUAAGUUAACUGUCAUUAGCCAAAAUUUAAAUGUUAUAGAUCAUUUAAAUAAUUUACAUACAAAUUGCACCACAAUGGAUAAUACUAUUAUUAAUAAUUCUUUGCAACUCAAUUCUGGUAUGAAGUAUAUAUCUAAUGAUAUCAGUAUUCCACUAAUACCACCAUUGACUAAUAAAAGCAUAGUUACUAUUCAUGCAUUUAUUAGUCUAAAGGAUAUUUAUAUCAGUGUGCCUUUCAAUAAAGCUGAAGUCGAUAAGUUUUUAAAAGACUUUUCAGUCUAUUGUUUGACUUCUCAACCUAUUACCAUAAAUCCAGUUAUAGGAGAAGUUUAUGGAAUCAGAUCGUCUACUGAUAAUUCAUUUAACAGGGGUGCUGUCGAAGAAAAGUUGAGCGAAGAUCAAUACAGAGUGGUUUUCUAUGAUUUAGGUACUAAAGAUACUGUUUCGGCAAGUAGUUUUGUGGAAAUCCCAGAACACUUAAAACAGAUUCCACGUACAAUUUAUUCAAUACGUCUCAAAGAUAUUGAUUCUGGAAUUCUCAACAAUCUCAACGCCCAAGCUAUGUCUUAUGUGAAUAUGUUGUGUGAAAACCUGCCUUUAAUUAUUGAAUUUGACGAGAAAAGUCCAAAUGGAUUAAAUGCCGUGACGUUGACUACUAUUAAAACCCAGCAAAAUGUUAACAAUCAUCUGAUAAAGCUUUUGGUUCAAAAAGAAAGAGAUUCGCCAGAAACAGUACAGAUGUUAAACAAAGAAGAUAUAGUCUAUAUUUCAACGUUUGUGGAUCUACAAGCUAUUUACGUUAGACGUAUUAACAAUGGCACGGAUAAAUUUAAAUCAUUCUUGGAGAAUUUUUCAUCUUCCUGCGAGUUAGAGAAUCCUAUUGAAAACGAUCCUAAAAUUGGUGAAAUAAUUGCGGCAAGAGAACAAGGUGGAACUAAAUUUUACAGAGCUGAAGUUAUUUCUAGAGUAGACGAUAAUUAUUUUUAUGUUUGUUUUAUUGAUUUUGGAUCUUGGGAUACUGUUCACAAGAGUAAUAUUGUACAACCGUCCGAAUCGCAGCUACAAAAUUGUCCACCUACGUUUAUGGUCGGUUUACACGGAUUAGAUGCAGGACCUGUUAAUCCUACAAUACUGUACUAUAUAAAAAACAUCAGCCAAAAAGAGACAUUUUUAAUUGACUCUAUCACUGAACAAAAUAAAGUCGUAUUGAUAUCAGUCGACACACAGUGUAAUAUAAAUGAAGAAAUAAAGAAACUUUUAGAUAACAGACAUAUUGGGCAACACAUUCAAAAUGAUGUAUAUGCCAACGGUGAUAAUAAUAUAAAUACUGAAAAAUGUGUAAUAAAGUAUUACAAACCACCCUUGGACGUCGCUAUUCAGGUUUGGGUCGCCGAAAAAAUAUCUUCUUCGAAGUACUUUGUGCACACGUAUGAAAGUCGUCUUGAAUUCAUAAAAUUAGAGAAUCAAAUGUUUGAAGACAGUAACACUUUCGAAUCUGUUAAAUCCGUUAGUGUUAAUAUGCCGUGCAUCGUGUUCAUCAGUCCCAGUUGGUACCGCGGAGAAGUGCUGAAAGUAAUUGAUAAAGCCAAAAUAAAAGUUGGUCUCGUGGACGUUGGAAAUUUCAGUGUCGAUCGCAGUAUCAAAGAAAUUUUCCGCAUGCCGUCGAAAUACAAAGGAAAAUCGCUGUUAUUGAAUAUCGAGAUACAACCAGAACCGCAAGAAAGAUUAUCAGUCACUACGUUUAGAAUCGUCCCUAAAAAACACUUAGACAAUGUCACAGUGGUAGAAGUAUUGCUGGGAUCUACAGUAGAUCAAUCUUACGACGAUCUGGUUCGUAAUGUACACGUCAUAGAUAAUGUUGGGCUACCUUCAUUUUCUUCAACGCCCAUCCCCGAAGAUUCUGGGCAGUUUCAGUUCAACAACAGCCGUAACGAAUCAAACCUACUGUGUACGACGCUGUGUCAGGAAACGACUUGUUCCACCGAGCUCAGCAAGCGGUUUUCAAACAUGUUAACAAUCAAAGACGUACAAUAUGCGAGAUGGUUAAAGGGUGCUGUGAAAACGUUGACAUUUUUGUGUGUGAACGGUGACUGUUUGAUGAUGAGGGACCAUCUGAUUGAUGAUACGCUGACGGAUUUGGAAGCAAAAAUCCAAGAACACUGCAUGACCGCUGUUGUUGAUCCAUUGUACACCCCGGCCAAAAACGAACUUUGUUUGGCCAAGUACUACGACAAUUUGUGGUACAGAGCUAUAUGUGUGAAUGUCUCCGACGACAAUAAUUACACGGUCUAUUUCUUGGAUUGGGGAUUGGAGUAUUUAACAAAUGUCAAAGACAUUUGUAAAAUGCCUAAGGAUUUUGUAUAUCUGCCAGCGACAGCACACAAGUGUUAUCUAAAAGAUGCUCCUUUGUCGAAGUGGAGUGCCAGCACAAUGCACGUGGUAUCAUCCGAGCUCGCUCUACAACAGUUGCAAUGCACGAUCGACGAUAAACUGACAAAUGAUAGUUACAUAAUAUCCUGUGCUUCCAUUAAAGACUUAUUCGACGCGAAUCCGCAAUAAGCAGCCGGAUGUCAAGUAAUAUACACGUUAAAGCUGCACCUGAUUCAUCGUCAAUCAGUGAAAAAUUUAGAUAUUUAAUUAUUUUAUAUUGUUAAAAAGUAGUACAUCAAGUGUUUUAUUAAUCGUUUCGCGAUGUUUCAAUACAAACAAUAGUUGUGCUAUUAACAUUUUUACUAUUUAUAAUAUUUGUUUUAUAUUUUGUAUUUUUCUGCCGAACGAUAAAUUAUUAUUUUCAUCGUGUUAAUUUUUACAUAGGUUUUUGAUCCUUUCAUACUUAGAUAUUAUUUAUUAAUUUUACUAAAUUUAUUAUAAAAUGAUUUGUACAUUAAAAAAACGAAGAAAUUAAAAUAGACAUUUAAUAUAUUUUA